AUCUGCGAGCAGGCAAGAAAAUGACACGGGCAGGUCGGGCCGAGACAUCCCAGAGAACCUAAAGGGGCCUUCCCUUCUCCUCAGGGAAAGAAAGUGUCUGUGGGAGGGAGGAGCGGGACUGCCGCCGCCGGUCGGCCGCAGCUGUCAUCCACCACUCCUUUGCUGUCGGCAACUUCGCUCUCUUCACGGUACACUCACGAGGAGUUUGUCGGUGACCCCAUAGUCAGCUCCCGAGUGCAGCUCCGAGACCGUGAAGUAGCCCUCAACUCCCGGAAGUGGCCUAUGUGACGGGGCCGCCGCGAGGGCACGGAGCAGCGGGCUGGGGAGAGAAGGCAAGCAGCAGGCAGUGUUACGGGGCCCGCCUUCACCAUGUCGGCCAUCUCGGCGGCGGAGAAAGUGGAUGGCUUCACGCGGAAGUCGGUGCGGAAAGCUCAGAGGCUAAAGCGCUCGCAGGGAUCGUCCCAGUUCCGCGGGCAGGGGGUCCCGGUUGAGCUCACCCCGCUGCCCCCUCUAAAAGAUACCCCGUCGAACGAUCAGCAGGACCUGUUCUGCCAGAAGCUGCAGCAGUGCUGUGUAUUGUUUGAUUUCAUCGACUCUGUAUCUGACCUGAAGAGCAAGGAAAUCAAGAGAGCCACGUUGAAUGAACUAGUCGAAUAUGUAUCCACAAAUCGAGGCGUGAUCAUAGACUCCGCUUACCCCGAUAUCGUUAAAAUGAUAAGUUCAAAUAUCUUUAGAACACUCCCACCGAGCGACAACCCCGAUUUUGAUCCGGAAGAAGAUGAACCCACGUUAGAAGCUUCAUGGCCUCACAUACAGCUGGUGUAUGAAUUUUUCUUAAGAUUUUUGGAGAGUCCAGACUUCCAGCCCAGCAUUGCCAAGCGCUUUGUGGAUCAGAAAUUUGUGCAACAGCUUUUGGAGCUUUUUGACAGUGAAGAUCCCAGAGAACGAGACUUCCUGAAAACCGUUCUUCAUCGGAUAUACGGGAAGUUUCUCGGGCUGAGAGCUUUUAUCAGGAAGCAGAUUAACAACAUUUUCCUCAGGUUUAUUUAUGAAACAGAACAUUUUAACGGCGUUGCUGAAUUGCUUGAGAUAUUGGGAAGCAUCAUCAAUGGAUUUGCGUUGCCAUUAAAAGCUGAACAUAAACAGUUUCUCAUGAAAGUUCUCAUACCUAUGCAUACCGCGAAAGGGUUAGCUUUAUUCCACGCACAGUUGGCAUAUUGCGUUGUCCAGUUCUUGGAGAAAGACACAGCACUCACAGAACCAGUUAUCAGAGGAUUACUAAAGUUCUGGCCUAAGACAUGCAGCCAAAAAGAGGUGAUGUUUUUAGGUGAAAUAGAAGAGAUUUUGGAUGUCAUAGAGCCAACGCAGUUUAAAAAGAUCCAGGAGCCUCUGUUUAAGCAAAUCUCAAAGUGUGUUUCCAGUUCUCAUUUCCAGGUUGCAGAGAGAGCAUUGUACUUCUGGAACAACGAAUACAUUCUCAGCCUGAUCGAGGAGAAUAUUGAUAAAGUUCUACCAAUCAUGUUUGGUAGCUUGUAUAAGAUUUCCAAAGAACACUGGAACCCGACUAUUGUAGCUCUGGUAUACAAUGUGCUGAAAACCCUAAUGGAAAUGAAUGGGAAACUGUUCGAUGAACUUACCGGCUCGUACAAAGCAGAGCGGCAAAAAGAGAAGAAAAAAGAGCUGGAACGGGAGGAACUGUGGAGGAGACUCGAUGACCUGCAGCUGAAGAAGGCUCUGGCCGAACAGCAGAACAGUGCUUUCAGCGGGCAGGUCCUGCAGAACAAUACAAGUGCCAAGUAAACCAUAUGACGACCACCACCUCUGUUUCACGGGAGUAACUUUUGUACAUUGUUUCUGAAAUAAAAGAGAAAACAAAAAAAAAAAUAA